AUUUUUAAUCGCAGCGUCCUGUUUCCAACUUUAGACGCCAGACGCCAUUGCUCUAUUGAUAUUUAUUUCCAAAAUAGAGCAAUUUAAAUUGUUAACGAAUUUCAAUUGUUAUCAGAUUAUUGUUUGACAGCGCAUUGUUUUAAAUAAGUGGUGUGAUAUAACUGCUAGUUUGCAAUAUGUCUCAUAGCAGAAACGAAUGCCGAAUAUAUGUAGGUAAUUUGCCGCCCGACAUAAGAACAAAAGAUAUCCAAGAUUUGUUUUAUAAGUUUGGAAAAGUAACUUUUGUUGAUUUAAAAAAUCGACGAGGGCCACCCUUUGCCUUCGUAGAAUUUGAGGAUGCGCGCGACGCUGAUGAUGCUGUAAGAGCUCGAGAUGGUUAUGAUUACGAUGGUUAUCGAUUACGAGUAGAGUUCCCAAGGGGAGGUGGACCAGGAGGUUUUCGUGGAAGAUCAGGAAAUAAUGAUAGAGGUAGUGGAAGUCGACAUGAAGGUCGUGGAGGACGAGGACCACCAGCAAGAAGAUCUCAGUUCAGAGUCCUCGUUACUGGCCUUCCACCAUCCGGUUCUUGGCAAGAUCUGAAAGAUCAUAUGCGCGAAGCUGGUGAUGUUUGUUAUGCUGACUCUUUUAAAGAUGGAACAGGUGUUGUUGAAUUUUUACGCCAUGAGGAUAUGAAAUACGCUGUAAAGAAAUUAGAUGAUUCCAGAUUCAGAUCACAUGAGGGAGAAGUUGCUUACAUAAGAGUAAAGGAAGAUGCAGGUGGAAGUGACCAUCGUGAUUAUGGAAGAUCAAGAUCCAGGUCACUCACUCCACGUAGAAGGAGUUCUCCCACAUAUUCACCAGUUCGUAGAAGCUACUCAAGAUCUCUCUCUGAUAGAUCUAACUAUUGAAUGUCUUUGAAUUUUAUAUUAACUCUUCUUACAUUUCUUCUAAGAAGUACAUUUUAAAGGAAAAAAGUAACGAAGGACAUAAUUAUAUGUAUGUAUGAGUAAUAUAAUUGUACUAAAAAGAAAGGGAAAUUUCAAAGAUUAUUUUAUAAGAACGAUGAAAUUGUGAAUAGUGUGAACUUAUACUACAUUCCUAGAAAUUGAGAACAUUAUAAUCAUUCAAGUUGGGUUCUCUCUGGUCAUUUUUGUUUAAUUAUUUUUAAGCGUCAACAAACAUUACUUUGAUCAUAACUAAAUAGGAUUUUUAUUUUGC